UUGAGUGGAAUUAGGCAAAAUCUCCCGUCAGCGUCGCAGAAACCCUAGCUGUCUUCUUCAGCUCGCGCGCUUAUAUUAAAGCUCAACAAACCCCUGUAUCGCAGUUUCCAGUCUCUCGUCUCAGACGGCGUGAAAAUGUCGAAGCGAGGACGUGGAGGUUCAGCGGGUAACAAAUUUAGGAUGUCGCUGGGUCUGCCAGUGGCGGCCACGGUGAACUGUGCGGAUAACACUGGGGCGAAGAACCUUUACAUCAUUUCCGUGAAGGGAAUCAAGGGGCGCCUGAACCGUUUGCCUUCCGCUUGUGUUGGAGACAUGGUGAUGGCCACUGUGAAGAAGGGGAAACCUGACCUCAGGAAGAAGGUGAUGCCUGCCGUUAUUGUGAGGCAGCGCAAACCGUGGCGCAGAAAGGAUGGGGUGUACAUGUACUUCGAAGAUAAUGCUGGGGUCAUUGUUAAUCCAAAGGGAGAAAUGAAAGGUUCUGCUAUUACUGGUCCUAUUGGAAAGGAGUGUGCCGAUUUAUGGCCGAGGAUUGCAAGUGCAGCGAACGCAAUCGUUUGAGUGUUUGGUUGGUUGGUUUUCAUGAUCAUUAGCAGAUUCACUUUUUGAUAAAGAGUGAUGCGGGUUUUGUUUGCGGUUACGAAUUUUGAUAGGUAUUGUUUUGAUGUAGGACUGUGUUGGAUGGUGUUGAUGUGUCAAUGCUAGCUUCGGAUAUCUGAACAGUUUAAUGCCUUAAGGGACGACUUAUAUUUAGAGAUGUGAUCAAUGUUUAUGAGGAUAUGGUUCUUUCUA